CUUAUUCUCGCGGUAUUUCAGAGUUAGUGCAACACGUCACACGGAGACAGAACUGGAGAAACAUGGCGGAGCGAAGGAAGCACAAGAAGAAAAUCCAGGAGGUUGGUGAACCAACCAAGGAAGAGAAUGCAGUUGCCAAAUACCUCCGCUUUAAUUGCCCUACCAAAUCCACAAACAUGAUAGGCCACAGAGUGGACUACUUUAUUGCUUCAAAAGCAGUCGACUGUCUCUUGGAUUCUAAGUGGGCAAAAGCCAAGAAGGGAGAUGAGGCCUUGUUCACUACCAGAGAGUCUGCCGUGGAUUACUGCAACAGACUCCUGAAGAAGCAGUUUUUUCAUCGAGCCCUAAAAGUAAUGAAAAAGAAGCCAGAAAAGGAAAUGAAGAACGAGAAGGAAAAAGAGAAAGAAAAGGAAAAAAACAAGACUGACAGUAGCAAAGAGGAGGAGAAAAAAAGCAAGAAGGAAGUGGCCAAGGAGGAGAAGAGCAAGAAGGAGAAAGACAAGAAGAAAGAAGUAGAAGUUGCAGAGGCCAAAAAGGAGAAAAGUGAUGAAAGUCCAGGAACACCAAAGAAGAAAAAAGAGACCAAGAAAAAAUUCAAAUUGGAGCCACAUGAGGAUCAGAUCUUCCUGGAUGGAAAUGAGGUGUAUGUUUGGAUUUAUGACCCAGUUCAUUUAAAAACCUUUGCCAUGGGGCUGAUAUUAGUUAUUGCAGUGAUCACAGCCACCCUUUUCCCUCUCUGGCCUGCAGAAAUGCGUGUGGGUGUCUAUUAUUUGAGUGUGGCAGCUGGUUGCUUUGUUGCCAGUAUCCUCCUUCUUGCAGUGGCUCGGUGCAUUCUGUUCCUCAUAAUCUGGGUGUUGACGGGAGGUCGCCACCACUUCUGGUUUCUGCCGAACCUGACAGCCGACGUUGGAUUUAUCGACUCCUUCAGACCCCUUUACACCCAUGAGUACAAGGGACCUCGACCAGACUCUAAGAAACCUAUCAACGACAAAGCAGAGGAUGCGGUAAAGCCCCAGAAAUUGGACAACGAGGAAAAGUCAUACAGCGAGAAGAAAGAAAAGGAGGCUAAGGGUGAGGCGGAGGAUGAGGAAGGGAAGGCACCAGGCAGCUUAGCGGAGGGCUCGGCUGGGGAGAGACAGUCAGACACGGACAGCGAUCGCAAAGAUGAUGAUGGUUCACAGCACAGCAACGGCAACGACUUUGAGAUGAUCACCAGAGAGGAGCUGGAGCAGCACACCGAUGAGGGGGAUGCUGAGGAAGAGGGCGAGUACGAGGAAGAAGAGGAAGAGGAAGAAGAGGAGGAGGAGGAGGAGGACAACGACGAUGAGACGAAGCCUUUACAUAAAAAAACAUAAAAAGCAAAUCCUUCCGCUCUCAAUGAGGACUUCUGUGAAUAAUGUGCAGCAGAGAGAGUUUUUUCUAUGUUGGUUAAUCAUUCUACACCUGGUAACUUUUGUUUUAAACAAAAAGCCUUAUUAUGAGCCCCUCCCACUGCCAAAACACUCACAUUUCAGCGUUCCAGUAUUCUCAUUGCUAAUCUGUCAGUGUUUUUUCUUCCCCAUAAUUCUUAUUUUCUGUUCAGAAUAUGGCAAUGGUUUUAGAAUGGUAGCAUGUACACUUUAUGUAGCAUACACUUGACACUGUUACACGGUAGUAACCUGAAACUUGUAUUAGCAUUUUCAAUCUGAAUGUAUACAAAGUUUUUCUGCAUGUUUGUACAGCUGGAGUUUUCAAGCUAAAUAAUUAAAAAACCUUUAUCUGACAGCUGACACUGUACAGCUGACAUAUAAAGCAAUUAAACUUUGCAGGUAGUGGCACCUGGAGGUUUGUGGAUUGAAGGGCCCUGUAGGUUGAACCGUUGAUAUCUUGCGCGCUUCUAAAAGGCUAUCUUUUUAAGAAUGUGUUGUUUGUCCCCAGCAGCAUUUUCUGGUCAUAUUUACCAUAAUUAAAAGCAGUUUGUCCUUAAA